UGUUGUGUUUUUGUUCUUUUCAUUUUAUAAACGCGGAAAACAAUUUCUUUCUAAGUAUUCAAAUUGUUUUUAAAAGUGUCUAUUGCUUUGUUAUUUGGUAUUAAAUCGGGAUUUAUAAAUUGUGAUGUGAUGGAUGGUGAUAGAUUCUUGAUUGAAGAGCUAUCUAGCAAUGAUGUAUCUGAGCUAGAAUUGUCGGAAUUCAAAGAAACUGAACCAAUAAAGGUUUUGGAUAUAAUAACACCAGAUAACUCCAAGCCCUCGAACACCACCCAUGUUAGCAGUAAUGAUGGAGCUGCUAUGUCAAAACAGGCUCCUAGCUACAACGCCAUUGGUGGUGAAGGGGAAGCUGCACUGAUCAAGCGUUUUGUGCGCGGUGAAGUCGACUUCCCGGAUUAUUAUACUAAAUUAGAGCCGGGCGAAGAAGAAGAGGAUGAUGUGGAUAAAGUCGAGUUGGAGGCACUCGAACAACAAAAAUAUGAUAUUGACAUGAAGCAUUCAACGUCACAAGAAGUGACGUCCGAACCUCGGGUACAUUCCGCCGGCGUUGUUGAACGUAAAGCGGUAGACACGAGCCUGAAUGAGCCUAGUUGGCGUGGGGGAGCUGGUGCUAGUGGUAGUAGUAGCAGCACACCCCGUCGUCGUACGGUACUCAAUGCAGCACUGCAGGGUCUCAUGGGUGAAGCGAAUUUAAGUUAUGCACGGGGCCAAAUUGAUAUAGCGGAGAAAAUAUGUUUGGAGAUUAUACGACAGAAUCCAUUGGCGCCCGAACCUUUUUUCACUUUGGCUGAAAUCUAUGAGACACGCAAUACAGAGAAGCAUUUGUAUUUUCUAACUCUUGCCGCACAUUUGAAUCCGCAUGAUCGGGAUCAGUGGAUACGUAUAUCAGAAUUGCAUAUAGCGCAGGGUAAUUUACAACGUGCACGCGUAUUUUACACCAAAGCGAUAAAAGCAAUGCCUAGAGAUUAUGAUUUACGCUUGCGUAAAGCACGCUUGCUAGAGCUGAUGGGUGAGACCCAUCUGGCAAUGUUGACUUACUUGAAAAUGUUACCACACGUACCGCGCACGGAGGCAGAUCUUUGCCUAAUGACAGCUAAAAAUGUUGCACGCCAUUUUCACGGCAUCUCAAAGCAUGCGAUUGCGCUGGAAGCUAUGGAAAGUGCUUAUCAAGAGUGUGGCGAUCAUUUCACAUUGGAAGAUCUCAAUCUCUAUAUGGACUUACUUAUAUUUAAUAAGGCUUACGCUCAGGUAUUGCGUUGUUUGCGCGCGCGUACCUCACUUGAACUGGAAACGGAGCGCGAGAGUAAUUUAGAGUUGAUUUUCUUUUGUGUCAUACCAGAUGAUUUUGUGCCCGACUUUCGUGCAAAGCUGUGUAUUAGCCUUAUACACUUGCAUGCACAUCAUCUGCUCGGCUAUCUUAUACAAAAUGUGCAUGAGCACAUUCCGCUGACAGACGAGCGUUUGGACUUGUACAUCGAUAUUGCGGAAGCGCUUAUGCAGGAGCAUAAAUAUGCAGAGGCUAUAGAAUUGCUACGUCCUAUAACAGAUGGGGAUACCAUUGAGUGUCCCGCCUUUGUUUGGUUGCGUCAAGCCGAAUGUUUACGCAAUUUAAAUCGCACAAACGAGGCGAUUGAGAGUUUCACGCGCGUUGUGGAACUGGCACCGUUUUGUUAUGAAGCGAAGUUUACAUUGUCAGCGCUGCUUAAGCAGCAGGGACGUCACAUGGAAGCAGUAAAAGCGCUUGAGCAAUCUGGCGAAGGUAAUGGUCAACCUCUAAACGCACGAUUGCUCUAUGAACGUUGUGUGAUGUUGCAGCAAAUCGGUGAAAUCGAUGAGUUUCUUGAAGUGGGGUAUGUGCUGUUGGCACGCCAUUCGAUUAAAUUGCGCAACCGCGAGGAAAUGCUGGCGGCGGCGAACGGUGGAAGCUUCUACAACGCUGAGGGGCUCAAAGUGAUACUGCAGAUGCGCAAUAUCACAGAAGACACAGAUAAGGCAUUGCAGGAAUAUAUGAAGAUACCGCAAGAUAAUUCGGAUCUCACAAUUCAGGAUGAAUAUCGGCUUUUUCUCGAGCUGAUUCGCGUGGCCUUCGAGCAUCGUAAAUUCAGUUGUAUUGAACGUCUCUGUUUUGGUAUGGUGACCACAAAACGUUUCACCGCCUAUCAUAUCGAGCUUGAACGCAUUAUAAUACUCGCGUGUUACUUUAAUGAUAAUUGCACGAUUGCUUUUUCAUAUCUGCGUGAACUAAUCUCCAAGAAUACACACAAUAUCGGAUUAUGGAAUCUACUGUCGUUAUUGGUGCAAAAGGGACAGGAUUUGCGUUACCAUCGCUAUGUCCGUCGACUGGUGCAGCGGCAGCCCACCGAUCGUCAACUGCGUAUUUUCCUAGCCCACUAUCACCUCUUUUGCUGUUCCUAUAAGUAUGCAUUAAAUAUUUAUGUGCCACUUUUCAAAGAAAAACAAUCGCCUAUUCUUGCGCUCUGCAUAGCUGUCAUCUUCAAUCAGUUGUCGCUGCAGCGCAAGGUGCUACGCAAAACUGCUGCUGUGGCACAGUCUAUCGCUUUCGCUCAGAAAUAUGCUAUAUUACGCGCUGGCGCAGAUUGGAAUGUUGGUAAUACUUUCACCAGAUCUGACGAUGAUAUUUCGUCAAGCCGGUGUAGUGCAGCAGAGCAGGAAAUUUGUUACAAUUUCGGGCGUAUUUAUCAACAGGCCGGUAUGGUACAUCUGGCAACGGAGUAUUAUGAGCGUGGUUUGGCAGCACGCCAUCCCCUUAUCGAGGAGAACGAAGAGUAUUUGGGAUUGCGACAAGAAAUCGCAUAUAAUUUGCAUUUAAUAUAUAAAGCAGCGGGAAACAUGCGCAAAGCGCGUCAAAUCCUCUAUGAACAUUGUGUUGUAUGAAGACUGCGAAAAAUAAAACGAAAGUGUGCAAAAAUAUAGACUAAACAAAACUAAAGCUGUACUACGUACAUGAACGUGCGUACUUGAAUAGGCGGGAUAUCACGUGACAUUGGUGCGCUUAUCAGAUGUGAAAAUCAAUUGGUAGUUUGUGACUCUAAUGCGUGCUACGACCUUUGGCAUUCAAACCAGCCAA